UGUCUGUGGGGAGGUGUUGUCUGUAAUAGUGAGGGGUUUGUACAGCGUAUUGACAUUGAGCAAAAUGGAUUGACAGGAUCCCUCCCACGAGAGCUGGAGCAGCUGACGAGCAUGACGCAUAUGUUAUUGGAAGAUGGUCUGAUCUCGGGAGAAAUUCCUUCCGAGUUUGGCAACCUCGUAGAGCUACAAGUCCUCGAUCUCAACUUCAACAGUAUUUCUGGAUCUAUACCUGACGAGCUGUAUGGUCUAGUAAAAUUGCAGCAGUUGGACCUCAAUGACAAUAGGCUGGAAGGAACAAUCAGUACCCGGAUUGGUUUGCUGUCACAGCUUGCCUUCUUUCAAGUCCAUGGUAACAACAUGACGGGAACCAUUCCGAGCGAA